AGAUACAGGGUGCAAAUCUGGGGCAAAGCUGCCAUUGGGCUGUAUCUUUGGGAGCACAUAUUAGAUGGAACGCUGUCCCCCCCACACCGAACAGCACAGUGGAGGGAAGGGGAGGUGGUCUCAGGAAAUACAGUCUUCAGAUGACCAGAGCGAUCAUGAUUGCCUCACCUUUCCGUCUCAGUCCUACCCUGGUCCUUUUCUAAGAGGAAAAAAUACACUGCUCAAAAAAAUUAAAGGAACACUUGAAAACAAAUUUAAUCUCAAUGGGGAAAAAAAAUGUGCUGGACAUCUAUACUGAUGUAGACUGGGUAAUGUGUUAGAAGUGAAAGAAUGCCACAUCAUUUGAUGGAAAUGAAAAUUACAAACCUACAGAGGGCUGAAUUGAGACACCCCAAAAAUCAAAGUGAAAAAAUGAUGUGGCAGGCUAGUCCAUUUUGCUGAAUUUUCAUUGCAACAACUCAAAAUUGUACACUUGUAUGUUUGUAUGGCCCCCACGUGCUUGUAUGUAUGCCUGAAAUUGUCAGGGCAUGGUCCUAAUGAGAUGAUAGAUGAUGUCCUGGGGGAUCUCCUCCCAGAUAUGGACCAGGGCAUCACUGAGCUCCUGGACAGUCUGAGGUGCAACCUGGUGGCGUCGGAUGGACCGAAACAUAAUGUCCCAGAGGUGUUCUACUGGAUUUAUGUCAGGCGAACAUGGAGGCCAGUCAAAUUCCUUCAUCCUCCAGGAACUGCCUGCAUACUCUCGCCACAUGAGGCCAGGCAUGGCCAUGCAGCGGGAGGAACCCAGGACUCACUGCACCAGCGUAGGGUCUGACUAUGGGUCCAAGGAUUUCAUCCCGAUACCUAAUGGCAGUUGAGGUGCCCUUAUCUAGCCUGUAGAGGUCUGUGCGUCCCUCCAUGGAUUUGCCACUCCAGACCAUCACUGACCCACCACCAAAACGGUCAUGCUGAACAAUAUUUCAGGCGUGAUAAUGUUCUAGACAGCUUCUCCAGACCCUUUCACGUUUGUCACAUGUGCUCAUGGUGAACCAGCUCUCAUCUGUGAAAAGCACCGGGCGCCAGUGGCGGACCUGCCAAUUCUGGUAUUCUAUGGCAAAUACCGAUCAAGCUCCAUGGGGCCAGGUAGUGAGAGCAGGACCCAAUAGAGAACAUCGGACCUUCAAACCACCCUCAUGAAAUCUAUUUCGGGUUGUUUGGUCAGAGACAUUCACACCAGUGGCCUGCUGGAGAUCAUUUUGUAGGGCUCUGGCAGUGCUCAUCCUGUUCCUCCUUGAACAAAGGAGCAUUUACUGGUCCUGCUGAUGGGUUAAGGACCUUCUACGGCCUUGGCCAUCUCUCCUAGAGUAACUGCCUAUCUCCUGGAAUCUCCUCCAUACCCUUGAGACUUUGCUGGGGGAGACAGCAAACCUGGCAAUGGCACGUAUUGAUGUGCCAUCCUGGAGAAUUUGGACUACCUGUGCAACCUCUGUAGGGUCCAGGUAUCGCCUCAUGCUACUAGUAGUGACACUGACCGUCGCCAAAAAACCAUCAGAAAAGAUGAGGAGGGAAAAAUGUCAGUGGCCUCCACCUGUUAAACCAUUCCUGUUUUGUGGGUCGUCUCAUUGUUGCCCCUCUAGUGCACCAGUUAAUUUCAUUAACAUCAAAGCAGCUGAAGAUAAGCAACCCUCUCUGCUACUUAACUGACAAGAUCAAUAUCCCAGAAGUUUAAUAGACUUGAUGCUAUACUCUGAUUAAAAAAUGUUCCUUUAACUUUUUUGAGCAGUGUAGUCUUUGCAAAAUUCAACCUUUCAUCAGAGGAAUACACCAGAAACACACUAUUUACACUCAGGUUAUGUCAUCUGUCCAAUGAAGGUGACAUCUCUCCCUUGCCCAGUGAACAAGCAUUGUGUUUGCGUGGGUUUGCAGUUUUAACUUGGUAUGUAGAGCGCUACACAACUAAGAAUUAAAAUUGUGCACCAAAAGGAUAAAAAAAGUACCCUAUUGUUAAAACUAAUUUUAAAUGUAGUUUUGAGUACUACUAAUAGUCAGAUCUAUUGAUUUAAAAGUGUUAAAAUGAGAAAAAGCAGGUAGUUACUGAAAUGUGUUAUGCAUACAGUAAAAAUAUCCUUUUACACCUCUGAAGCUUAAGUUGUAAUGAAGCUCGGGUGUUUGUCUCAGUCAGGAUUCUCUGUCUGCCUGACAAUGCUGGGAGCCAACUUCAGUAAAGAAAAGCUUAUUUGCUGUUUCUAUUCCAAAUCCUCUGCCUGACAACCUCGUAAAUUAAAUAUGACUGGGGAAAGAUAAUCUUCAUUUCAGAUACCUGGCUAGUUCCCUUUGAUGAAGGAAGUGUGACAAACUGAAAAAAAAAACAUUUCCAUCCCCUCACAGAUUAAGAGGCAUGGGGUUUUGGGUUUGAGAAGAACACAUUGUUUGAGGCUUGGGAGUUUUCUGAAGGAAUGGCGAGAACACAGCGUAACAAGGAUUCCGAUGGCUUGCCGGUUCCUCUAGCACAUUUAUGGACAGUCAUGAGCUACUACCAAGUCUCUAACCUGUGUACCACAACAGUUUUUACACAGGCCCAGCUGUGGUCCAGGGCCACCUUCCUCUGGACACAGCCCACAUAGUGCUGGUCCUCAAUGGGCACGAGGAACAGAAGAUCUCCUACGCUACCCGGUGGAUGCAGCAUGUAGGCGCAUUGUCACGGGCCGGCUCUGUGUUGGGUGUGGCCAUUGUUCUGCUAGGUGAUGAGCACUGCACCAACGACUGGCUCCGCCCCUAUUUGCGCAGCCAUGGCGGCUUUGUGGACUGCCUCUUCCUGGUGUAUGACAGCCCCUGGGUCAAUGAGCAUGACGUCCUCCAGUGGCCUCUGGGCGUGGCCACGUACAGGGAUUUCCCAGUGGUUGUGCCAAACAGCCAGCUGGUGAACACUGCCAGACCAUACCUCUGUAACUUCAUGGGCACGGUCUACAAGAACUCCUCCAGGGAGACCAUGAUGAAGAUCUUGAAGCAGGGCUGGGAGAAAGAAUGUCUGACUUCCACGAGAGACAAGUGGCUCCCCCUAGAGACAGCCGAGAGCCUGCAGCAGUACCAUGACAUGCUAGCACAGAGCGACCUGACGUUAUGUCCAGUGGGCAUCAAUGCAGAAAGCUAUCGCAUCUUUGAGGCCUGCUCCCUGGGCUCCGUGCCGGUAGUAGAGGAUGUGGCUGCUCCUGGGGGCUGCGUGGGGGGACCUGCUGGCCCACUGCGCCUUCUCAAAGCACAGGGGGCACCCUUCCUCUUCCUCAGGGACUGGCGGGAGCUGCCUGGCCUGCUGGAGCGUGAGCGAACCAGGAAUGAGGUUGAAAAGGCGGAGCGACGCCGCCAUCUGCUUGAGUGGUACGCAGGUUUUCGGGAGGCGAUGAGGGAGCGCUUCACUGAGACCUUAGAGCGAGCAUUCUUUAGACAUGGCUAAGGGAAGGGGUCUACCCGGGACAUUCAGUCUGGAAUAAAGCUGCCUUGUGGACUGGGGUAGGAACUGUCAGGUAUAACAAACAUGAUAUAAUCAUUAACACUACAAAUUGUAUGGUGGGGAUCACACAAAAAUCUCCCUCGAGUUCUGUAUUUGUUGUCUCUAAGCAGAAGGCUGGUUCAUAUUUAGUAGCCCUUGUAAUUGUUCCUCAUGUACAAAACCAUCUCCUCCAUCAGCUACUGUAUAGUUUUACCAACAAAAGUCGUUUACUACCGUCUUGGUAGCACCCAAAAAUGUAUGAUGUUUCGUGUAAAUAAAGGAUUAAUGUUGUGUAAAUAAAAACCUCUAAACUCUUAAAAA